AUGUCUGAGCAGGGAGGGCGAUGGGGAGCCUGGCAAGUCCAGCCGUCCGGGUUCACCCAGCUCGUGGUCAAGGCGAUGCAAAAGCUAUACCCCGAAGAACUCGCAGACAGGUCAUGGGAUAACGUCGGUCUCUUGGUCGGCAACUCGAAAGCGGACGGCAGGAAGCCCAAGGUCCUCGUCACAAACGACCUCACCUGGCAGGUGGCCGAGGAUGCAAUCGCGCAGCAAGCCAGCGUCAUUGUGAGCUACCAUCCCUUCAUCUUUUCCGGCCUCAAGUCCAUCACGAACGAUGAUGCCCAGCAGGCCACGCUGCUGCGCCUCGCGCAGGCGAACAUCGCCGUGUACUGCCCCCACACCGCCGUGGACGCUGCUCCCGGCGGCUUGAACACCUGGCUCGCCGACAUUGUGUCCGGCCCUCAUGCGAGCAAGCGAUCUGUGGCCGUCCCUUGCACCAACGCUCCAGAGUCGCACUCGCCCGCCGGAUACGGCGCCUUGGGCUGGUUCGAGACCCCCGUCGCCUUGCCCGACAUACUGAGGCGCUUGGCUCGCGGCCUGGGCGGCCUCAAGCACCUCAUGGUGGCGAGUCCCUUCGGAGCCGACGUCAGGAGCACCAUGAUCCGCAGCUUCGGCGUCUGUGCCGGCAGCGGCUACGAUGUGCUCAAGAAGGCCGAUGUUGAUUUGCUCGUCACGGGUGAAACGAGCCAUCAUUCCGCCUUGAGAGCUAUUCAGCAAGGAAGGACGUUGGUGCAAGUGUUCCACAGUAACUCCGAGAGGGGCUAUUUGCAAAAUAUCCUGCGACAUAGGCUGGAGCUAGAGCUCAGGGCCGAGGUUCCAGACGCCGAGGUGGUGUCGAGUCUGUACGACAGGGAUCCCUUCACCAUCCUCGGGCUGGGCGACCUUGAUCUUUAG